GAUUUUUUCACUUUUCUGCAUCUUCAUCACAGUUCUCUGAACUUUUAUUUCGUCACAAAAAACUGCAGUAAAAGGACAUGGCAUAAUGGUCCAAGGGUGAAAAAAAGUUUCGGCAGGCCCGGACAUAGAAUUUCCACUCGUCAGCACGUCGAUUUCGUCGCAACCGUGAGCUCCUUGGCAUCUCAGGCAUUGUGGAGCCCUCGCGGCUGGCGAUUAUUGGAAAGGCAAACAUCAUGGAUUCUGAAAGUGAGAUGGAAAGAAACGACGAUGGCGACGGCCGCAGUGCCUUAAACAGCGAAAUGAUGGCGGCUGCUCAAAAUGAGUCGACGCCAAAUCCCGACGCUGAAGAUCAAACACCCAUCGGGAUUAGUGAAGAAGAUGCGUUGAAGAAUCUUUCUGGGACCGUGAGAGACCAGUCUGAACUAGAACGGGACAUUACCAUGCAGGCCAAUGCGGCACUGAUGGAGGCUGAAGACCAGAAAGAUCGUAAUCGGAUAGUCAAAUUGGAGCUGACUCGGGACCGGCUUAAAUCACAGCUUGACAAGGACAAGAAGCGUUUGGAAAAAGCUGCUGGAAAUCCAUACCAGUCUCGAACCAUACAAAAUGAGAUAACCAAGCUCGAACAAGAAAUCAGCCAAGCUACCCUAGAUAUCGCUGAUUUCGAAUCGCGAAUGCAGAAACGACACCAGGAAGAUCCAUUACAUAACAUAAGCCAGACCAAGUCUAAUAAACUGCCUGGAGAAAGUAAUCGUGAAUACCUCAUCCGAACUGGAAAGAUCACCCCAUUCUCCAAGCUCGGAGGAUCGCGCCCUGCCGGUAUCGAGGGCCAAUUGGCCGACACUCUCUUAGACGCUGAAGAAGAGGCUGCUGCUGAGCAACUUGGCAAUGAGGCUGGUGAAGGGCCGCAGUCUCACCAGCUACUGCGACGCCCUGGGUUUGCUGAAGAAGAAACACCGCCACCGGCGCCAAAGACAACUGCAGUUGAAGCUGAGUUCUCACUUCGACCGCGGAAGAAGAGAAAGGUGCAAAGAGAAACUGAGCGCGAGCCAUCUGCGGAUUUUCAACCGGAAGAUACGUCUGGCUCAGAAUCCCUCGAUUCGGCUAUGUGGCAGCAGACAACGGAAGAUGACCUUGUUCGCCAACAACGUCGAAAAGCUAAAAUAAAAGAAAAGGCCGCUGAGCAAGAUGAAAUCGAUCUUAGUAAGAUUGAUGACGGGAACGAAGCUCAUUAUAAAAGGCGACUUAAGGACUGGGUUGACCGAAGAGGCCGAGCGAGGCGAGCCAAACGUCAAACCGAAUCCGCUACGCACCCCGAAGAUAGUGAUGACGAUGAAAAGGAGUGGUUUAAGCCAGCUCCUGGAGUUGCGGACCAUUAUUUUACCGACGAUCUUAAACUUCCAGGCGACAUCUACCCGUCGCUGUUUGGAUACCAAAAGACAGGCGUACAAUGGCUAGCUGAGCUGUAUAAGCAGAGCGUUGGAGGGAUCAUCGGAGACGAAAUGGGUCUUGGUAAAACUGUCCAGCUUAUUGCGUUCAUCGCUGCUCUGCACUACAGCAAAAAGCUCAAGAAGCCAGUCAUUGUAGUCGCUCCAGCUACGCUCCUUCGCCAGUGGGUAAGCGAAUUCCAUCGCUGGUGGCCACCUCUGCGUGUCUCCAUUUUGCACUCGUCUGGCAGUGGAAUGCUUAACCCUACUGCGGAAGACGAGUACGACGUGGAGCAUUUUAGCCCAAUGGCAACCAAAUCCGAAAAGGCUGCAAGAAGAAUUGUUAGAGGAGUAGUCCAGAAAGGCCAUGUCUUGGUUACGACGUACACUGGCCUUCAAACCUAUGCUGACGAAUUAUUGCACGUUGAAUGGGAAUAUGCUGUUCUCGACGAAGGCCAUAAAAUCCGAAAUCCAAAUGCUGAAAUUACCGUUACUUGCAAAGAGCUUAACACGCCCAACCGAGUCAUUCUAUCCGGAACUCCAGUCCAAAACAACUUGACAGAGCUUUGGUCACUCUUCGACUUCAUCUAUCCGAUGCGUUUAGGAACUCUUGUCAACUUUAAACAACAAUUCGAGAUUCCUAUUCGACAAGGAGGUUAUGCGAACGCGUCGAAUUUACAAGUAAUGACUGCUGAGAAAUGCGCUGAGGCAUUGAAAGAGACAAUUAGCGAGUAUUUGCUUCAGCGACUGAAAGUCGACGUAGCUGCAGAUCUUCCCGAAAAGACAGAGCAAGUUUUGUUCUGCAAGUUGACAGAAAGCCAACGCAAAGCAUAUGAGAGAUUCAUUGGCUCUGAUGAAGUUGCUGCCAUCUUGAAUAGGAAGCGCCAAUCGCUCUAUGGGAUCGAUAUCCUUCGCAAGAUUUGCAAUCACCCCGACCUGCUUGACAAGUCUCUUUCGAGCAAGCCCGGCUACGACUAUGGAAAUCCGAAAUUGUCUGCAAAAUUGCAGCUCACUAAAGAUCUACUGCAAAAAGUGAUGAUACCAAACGGACACAAGAUGUUGUUAUUUUCGCAAGGCAAACAGAUGCUCAAUAUAAUUGAGAAAUGUAUGAGAGAAUGCAGAAUCUCUUACUUGAGAAUGGAUGGCGAAACACCCAUCGAUCAAAGACAACCGAUGAUUGACAAGUUCAACACUGAUCCCGGCAUUCACGUAUUUCUCAUGACUACCAGAACUGGAGGACUGGGAACUAACCUUACCGGCGCUGACCGAAUCAUCAUCUUCGACCCAGACUGGAAUCCUUCCACUGAUUUGCAAGCCCGAGAGCGAGCUUGGAGAUUGGGCCAGAGCAAACCUGUGAAGAUUUACCGACUAAUGACUGAGGGCACAAUCGAAGAGAAAAUUUAUCAUCGCCAAAUCUUUAAGCAAUUUAUGACAAACAAAGUACUCAAGGAUCCGAAGCAGCGAAGUUCUUACGACCUCUCAGACCUUUACGACUUAUUUACCUUUGACAAGAAUACAGAUGCUGCGGCGGCAAGAAGCGAAGUCUUCAAAGGGGCAGAGGUAAACUUGAAGAAGAAUGCAAAUAACUCUGAUGCGAAGACAUUGAUGCCCAUUGGGAAGAUGGGCAAGGUUAAAAAUGAGGGCGAGCUGAAGAAUCUAGAUCUAGUCGCUGCCAUGGAAGAAGUCAAAGAAGACCCAUCUGUUCACGAAGAGAAGCGUAUGCUGGAGGGUAUCUUUGCGCGAUCCGUCAACAGCGCCUACGACCAUGAACAGAUUGUCAAUGGGCCGCAGAAGAUGAAGGCCGAUAUGGCUGUUCUUCGCCAGGAGGCAAACAUGGUUGCUCGACAGGCCGCUGCUCAUCUUCGACAUUCAAGAGAGGAAGCUCGCCGAGUGCCAAUUGGUACAGUGACAUGGACUGGCGAGGUUGGCACAGGUGGUCGACCGGGCGGGAACCGUCGUCGCGGCGGUCCAAGUUCAGCAGGUAUCAUGAGUAACCUUGCCGACCGUCAAGGCUUGGACAGCGGCAGCAGCUCUCGAUCAGGAACGCCUGGAGUUGACAAGAACUUGAAGGCGAAGGAUUUCAUUCCAAUGAUUAAGACUUUUAUCAAUCGACAGGGAGGCAAAGUCCCGAGCAAGAUGUUGGUGGACCAUUUCAAUCCUUAUUGCCCUGGAAAGAAGCAGAGCGAUGAGUUUAAGGCCGCGCUGGAGACGGUUGGAGUGUUGAACCGGGUGAGCAGCACGGGGAGGGGUAUGUGGUCAUUGAAACCAGGAUUCAAGUGAACCUUACGAUUUUUUAAUACUCUGGAGAACUUGACAUGCUUUCAAUACUCUAAUUUGACAUUAAGCGAGGAGUUUAGGUUUAUUUCAUUAGGAGAACUGAGAUACUAUACCGGAUGCUAGAAAGAGGAUUUAAAUAGAGCUAAUCAUAUACUGCU